AUGAAGGCCUGUGAAAAAUGGUUCAGAGCAGGUUGCUAUGCUGCCUAUGUUGUGCUCUGUGUUUGCGCGUAUCCGGCGAAAGAUCGAUCGAACAAAAUGCACAUUAACAGCUCGAGAUUGUACGAUUCGGCAUCGACCGACGAUAGCUUCGAGAAAGAGACACCUGCGACUAAAUCGUUCGAAUUCCACGAGGAUAGUGCGGAGAAGUUCGAGGAGAAUAGCCCGUUAAGAGCGAUCGCUACAAGAGCGAAGAGCAAUCCGGCCCUAUUACCUUUGAUCACAGAACCGGAGGCAGAGAUGCUGCCGCGCGGUUAUAAGGGCGUGAAGCCGCCUGGAGUCACCCACAUGGAGUUUGCAUUCGCAAAACCGCAAACCGGCACUUCGGUUCGCGAGAGCGCGACAUUACGAGCUUUGAUGAUAAACGAUGACGAGGAUUUCGGUGAAUUCGGUGGAUUUGGUCGAAAUCGCGAUGCGCAUUGCGCGUCGAAGCAUGAGAAGCAGAUUGCGAGGAAUGAUCGCGGUAACGAGAGUUACCUCCGCGUUCGCGAGGUAGUUAAGGAUGAUUUGAGGCAGAAGAGCGAGAAGAGCAGCGGGGAUGUCGCGGCUUCCGGUGCGAGAAAGAUGAGUCAUUUCGAAAAUGAGGAUCGUGCGAAGAAGCGUGAAGAAAAAGGUAAAAGAAAGAAAGAUAUUUACAAAGCAGGAAAUGGUCGCGAGAAGACUCGUAACGCCGUCGGAUAUCACGUUUAUCGCGAGGAUGAAUUCGAGAAAGACGCCGAUUCUCACGACGAUGAUCGUCAGAGCGAACAUUUUGAGAAGCACGAGAAACGCACCGCCACCGGAGACACGUACGCGAAAGGCAAGGGCAACCGUUCGAGAUUAGUCGAUCCAUUAUACAAGACACGAUUGGCUUUGCCGGUGGACUACGACAGAGUAAUGACUUUCAUGAGCGACGCGUUCUUCAAACACGACCCAGUCAUGGUGAACAUGGGUUUGGACCAGCAGGAGCCCGCGCCGUCGUUGCUAAAACUUAUGUACCACGAGCUUCGUGAGGGUAUGACGAUAAUCGCCGAGGGACAGGACAAUUGUAUCGUGGGCGCCGCGGUGAACGCUGGCUCCUGUCCUUGGGAUCCCGACAAGUUCGUCGAGUUCGCUAGGUGUUGUGAAUGCGGGCCGACUCGCGACGUGAUCGAGUUCGGGGCUUACGUGACCCGCAAGCCAAAUCUCUGGAAGCGUUACUGCGUUCUCAAGAUCUUCGAGUGCAGCUAUCUCGCGGUCGAACCGGACUUCCGGAACCGGGGUAUUGCCAGAAAGCUUAUGCUAGAUAGCUGGUAUCUCGCGCGCGAUUGCGGCUAUCGAUUGUUCCGUGUUGACUGCACCAAUAGCUAUAUCGCACGAAUCGCGAAAGGUUUUGGAUGGAAGCAAGUAUGUACAAUUCCAUUCAGUCAGUACGUGAAGGACGACAAACUCAUUUUUGAGUAUAUUAAGGAGCCACAUACUGAAGUGCAGAUUUACAUUGAUCAAGUUACUUUUUGUAAAGAUUAUUGCCUACCGUAUAAUAAAUGUAAGACGACUUCAGUGCCAAACAACUUAGCAUGCAGUAAGAGAUUAUUGAUCAUUACCCCAGCUCCAUCCUACAGUCAUCAAAUAGUAUUUCGGGCAUUAUGCCUUGCUUUGAAUAAACGGGGUCAUGAGAUAGUAACGUUGACUCCAAACAUCUUAAACGAUUCUAGUUUAAUUAAUUAUACGGAAAUAGACUUCGGAUUUGAAUAUGAAAAAAUCGAUGACACUGAUUUAAGUCAGACUCGUUGGAAUCUUACGCAACUUGGAGGAUUAAAGACAAGAUUGUUGAAACUGGGUCACGACAUUGCGGAGGAUGUCCUCAGUCAUCCUGAUCUCUUAAAAUAUUAUGCAAAUGAAACGAAUAUGCACUUUGACGCGGUGAUAGCUGAGAUGAUUAUGACUCCUGCGAUUUACAUGUUGGCGUACAAAUUUCAUGCUCCUUUAAUAGGUAUUAUGUCCAUGGAUUUGCAAAAUUGUCAUCGUUUCAAUUUCGGUAGUCCUGUGUUACCAUCGCAUUCUUCCAAUUGGGAGCUUGAGGAUUACACAGGGUUGAAUCUUUCAUUUUGGAAACGAUUGACGAAUUUUGUAAACACUUGGUGGAACAUAUACAAUUGGUUUAAUAAUUUUGCGGCCCAACAACAACGAAUCGCCGAAAAGUAUUUUGGCAAGGAUAUACCGCAUGUCAUCGACGUUGCAAAGAAUAUGAGUCUUAUUUUAAUUAAUCAAGAACCAUUAUUAGCAUAUGCGAGACCCGAGAUACCUAAUAUCGUUCACUUCAGCGGAUUACACAUCGAAAAGAUACCGCCAUCGUUAUCAAAAAAUUUAAAGGACUUCUUGGACAGUGCGGCAAAUGGCUUCGUUUAUAUGAGUCUCGGAACAAACGUGAAAAGUAAAUUAUUGCCGAAGGGAAUGUUGGAGGUGUUUACCAAUGCUUUCGCCGACUUGCCGUACAAAGUACUGUGGAAAUUCGAAGACGAUGGCUUUCAGGUUCCUCCUAAUGUCUUUAUCUCGAAAUGGAUCCCGCAGCAGGGUAUACUCGCUCAUCCGAACAUCAAGCUCUUCAUUUAUCAAGGUGGAUUGCAGAGUACCGAAGAGGCGGUUCAUUACGCCGUCCCACUCAUAGGAAUACCAUUUGUCUUCGAUCAGGUGUAUCAAGUUAAGAAAAUGGUUUCUCUGGGAGUAGCAAAACACCUGGAUAUAGUCCAGCUUACGAUGCCGGAGUUGCGCGACACUAUAUUGGAAAUCGCCGGUGAUAAGCGAAUGUUGACGUUACGCGCACUCACAAAAGACAAGCCUUACGAUAGCUUAGAGAAUGCUAUAUGGUGGAUCGAGUUCGUAAUGCGUCACAAUGGUGCACCUCAUUUACAUUUCAAUGGAGUCGAUGCCGCGUGGUAUCAGCAAUUCGAUUUAGAUAUCAUUGUAUUCCUGACGAUAACAUCAUUCUCAGUUUUAUGCGCUCUCUUAGCUAUUGUAGGAUGGGGAUUGAAGCUUUUGUAUAAAUAUUACGAUAUAAAUAAUAGAAUACGCGAUCGAUUUAAGCGAUACAAGGUGCUUAAAAUGCUCGCUACGAAUAAGAUAAAAUCAGCAUAAUCAAUUAAGUUUUGCAUAUUAAACGAAUAUGAAAUACAACAAGUAUAUUUAGAUUUAAAAAAAUAAAAAAUAAGAUUAUACUUUCA